CUCGGUACUCUCGUCAUCUGUGCUCGUUGCCCAUAUUUGGUUCGGUAAUUUCCGAAGGCCCUACGUAGAGUCCCGACGGACCGACUACGUCAGUUGUUUUCAUCGUUUUCAUUCAUAAUGGCGGGAAUUUUGUUGUCCCUUUCGUGACCUGAGGUAGUUUGGUUCAGCCGCACGCUGUCGCCUCCAGUCGCGACCAGUUGUCUCGAUUUGUAGCCACAGACAAGACAAGGAGGCGUCACACAAUUACAGCAUUUUAACCGGUGGUUGUUAUUGCAGUCCUAUACCUAUCUUGAGCGUCAUGAACGUGACAACGUCCGGAUCGCACUCGACCUCGGGACUGUCCAGCAGCCUGUCCAGGCCGACUGACCAGUCUACGUCCGCGCGGUCCCCCCUUCCCCCCUCCCAGGAGGACAGUCUGUCCAGCAGUGAUGUGGUUCAUGCACACAGGGUUCAACAUCAAGGAUUUACUUCAGAAUCGGACCAGACACUGACUUAUCUGAGUGUUGUGUGGCAUGGUGGCACCCUGGGGUUGGCGUACUUCAGCACAGAAACAAGCUACGUCUACAUGAUGAUGGACACAGCUGAAACCGAGGACUUUCAGCUUCUCAGACAGGUGUUGACGCAGGUGUCCCCCAGCUGUAUCAUCACCAGUUCUAAGCAGGAUGAAAAGAUGCUUCAGGUGCUCAGGCACAAAGAGUCCUCAGUUUUGCUGUCCAGUGAUGUAGAGGAAGCUGGUGUUCAACUGGAGGUCUUACCCAGCAUUGACUUCAGUUUGGAGGUGUGCAAGAGACGCAUCCUGGCUCUGAACUUACCCAGCAUCCCUCAGCACUUCACCGAGUCAGAACGAGUCAUUUACUUGUCGUCUUUGGUGGCUUUUGAAAAUAUAAACAUGGUGAGAGCCACCGGAGCGCUCCUGAAGUAUCUGGAUAAGAACAGAGUAGGAGUGGAGCUGGAGGAUGCAGACGUGCGCACACCUGUCCUGGCACUCAAGACGUUUUCAUUGGAAAACAUCAUGAUCAUAGACGACAGCAGUUACAGUGCCUUACAGAUUUUUCAGAAGGAGUCCCACCCCUCGGUAUACAAGUCAGGCAGCGGUGCCAAAGAGGGGCUGAGCUUGUUUGGUAUAAUGAACAGAACCAAGUCCAUACUGGGAAGCCGUAUGAUGGGCUUAUGGUUCCAGCGCCCCCUGCAGUGUCUACAGGAACUGCAGCAGAGACAUGAUGCAGUGGAGUUCUUUGCCAGCCCCUCUCACAUGGAGGUGACCUCAUCUCUACAGGACUCGCUCAAACACAUGAAAAAUGUCAAUCGAGUUUUGGCCAGGAUGAGAUCAGGCCAGGCUUCAGUGGGAGACUGGCAGGCCUUGUACAAGACUGCCUACAAUGGGAUCUACAUAGGAGAUGUGUGCAGGGCACAGCCACAGCAUAUCCACAUCUUCAACAGGAUUUCCAGGCAGUUCUCUGAUGAUCUCCAUCGUAUUGCAACACUCAUCCAUAAGAUAGUUGACUUUGAGGAGAGCACCGUUCACAACAGACUUGUAGUGAAGCCACAUGUGGAUCCUGAACUGGAUGAAAAGAAGCGCACGUACAAUGGCCUGCCUGACUUCAUGACCAGAGUGGCGCGAGAGGAACUGAAUAAACUUGAUGACAGCAUCACAGAGUGCAACGUUAUCUACCUGCCGCAGUUGGGAUACCUGCUGGCUAUCCCAUGUACAUCACAGAUAAUAAAGGAGGAGGAGAAAUACCACAUGCCUGGACUAGAGUUUGUGUUCCUGUCGAAUGGUAUGGUUCAUUACAAAAGUGCCAGUACAAGAGAAUUGGAUGCUCUGCUUGGAGAUACCCAGUGUGAGAUUACAGACCAUGAGACCAGCAUCAUGCACAAACUCCAGAACACCAUCCUGGACCAUGCUACUGUACUACUGGAUGUGAUGGAAUGUGUGGCUGAGAUGGACUGCUUGAUUGCAUUUGCAUCAGUUGCAAAGGACAACAAUUAUGCUCGCCCUCAGUUAUCCAAGGAGAGCGGCAUCAGGAUUGUUGGAGGCAGACAUCCCCUUCAGGAGCUGUGUGUGAGCCCCUUUGUCCCCAACAACACCACACUGGGAGGGAAGGACCAUCGCCUGAGUGUCCUGACAGGACCCAAUGCCAGUGGCAAGAGUGUUUACCUGAAACAAGUGGGGCUGAUAGUGUUCCUGGCACAGGUGGGCAGUUUUGUGCCUGCAGAGUCGGCUACUAUUGGCCUGGUGGACAGAAUCUUCACCAGGAUCCACACAAGGGAGUCUGUGUCUGUGGGACUGUCUACCUUCAUGAUAGAUCUCAACCAGGUGUCUCUUGCUCUGCGGUGUACUACAGACCGGUCUUUGGUGCUUUUUGAUGAGUUUGGCAAGGGAACUGCCACUGUUGAUGGCAUAUCCCUGAUGACGGCUAGUCUUGGUCAUCUCCUGUCCCGCGGUGCGAGCUGCCCCCUAACUAUUGUCUCUACACACUUCCAUGGACUGGUCAAGCAGAACCUGCUGCCUUCCUCACAUUAUCUAACAUAUCAGAUGAUGGAAACCAUCCAGGAUGGUGAACAGCUGGUGUUCCUGUACCAGCUGGUAGAUGGCGUUGCUGACAGCAGCUAUGCCUGCACCAUUGCCGCUCAGGUUGGACUGCCCAGUGAGCUCAUAUCCAGAGGAGCAGAGGUAUCAGAGUUGAUCAGAACUAACCAACCCGUUCAUCGUGUAGACACUGCCAGUACCGAGACACAGUACCAGAGGUGCUCAGAAGUUGUUGAGGAGUUCUUGACUUUGGACUUGGAGAAGAGGGAUCUUGUAGACUUCCUCAAGAAGUUUGUUAGUCCUAAAAGCCAAGGAAACAGCUGAAUCUCAAUAUUCAACAGAAAUAAGUUAUAAAUACCAAUUGUUAGCAUUGGCUGUUUGAAUGUAAAUUUUUUAUUGGUCAGCAGUUGUUGGUUACAAAUAAAAUGACACAACUGUCAUACACUUGUCUAUAAAAUUGCCAUUGCCUAAUUUUUUUGUUACUAAAUAUUUUACUUGAGAGCACUUUUAUAAGUUCCAAACAAUCAUGUUUGUUAGAGGAUUUGUCCUCAUUUUCUUGCUUGGACAAGUCAUGCCAUUUACAUUACAAUUGAAUGCCCAAUUUGUAGAUUUGACUUGAAUGUGAGGAGGCUAUUAUAUAGUAAAUACAUCACAGUUUGACAAAUUAGAUGUUUAUUUUUCAACUGAACUCACUUAUACAAGUAAACAGAUGAGCCCUUUUUAUUGUUUCUAGUAUCUUAAACUGGUUAUGUGAAAAACAUACAUUUUGCUACAAAUACAUUUAUCAUAGUUUUUUUAGAUGUCAAAAUGAAGAAAAAAAACACUGUUAAUGGUGCCAUAAGACGUUUGUUAUACACCUUAUGCGGUAUAUAUGGUUGUUACAAAGCUUACAAUGUCAUGUGAUUAUACAUGAUAUUAAAACUACCAAACCACAAAUGUGUAUUCAAUUCCUAAUGCAACCAAUAUAUUCCCAAACAUUUGUAUAUUUAAUAGAUUCUAACAGCAACAAUCCUAUCUUAUAUUGAUAGUACAUUGUAGUUCUAUACAAAUUCUAGUUUAAGUUAACAUCCACAAAAUGUACACUCUUUUUUUUGAAAAUAAAACUAUUUCAAAAUCUCUUUACAAGCGUUUCUGUGUCAACUCUUAAAACUUCAUAUUUUAGUAAAGGUAUAUUUUUGUGAUCUUAAACAAUCUGAUAAAUGUUUUCCAAACUAUUAAUUAUUGAUCAAAUUUCCACCAAGUGAAGCCAAUAGUGUUGACUGCAUUGUACAUUUUGUAUGUUCAACAUGUCAAAGAAUGCUUGUAAUAAUAUAAUAUGGCUUUUUUCCACCACACAAAAAAGACAGCCUGCCCACAUGGCAUUUCUCUGUAGUACUUGUAUAAUAAAAUGGACAUAUUGUAUUUUUUAGAGCAUAGAUAUCAAUACCAAAGAGUAGUAAACAAUGAUUAAUAUAUAAUUCCAUAAAAUUAUUAUAUUCCUUACUUUGAGCUUUGGAAUUCUUGAACUUGCUGUAUCAUAUAGUAUACCUUUGCAUAUAGACUUUCAAUGUGUACAACAUUUUCACCAUACUGAUAGUUCUACUAUUUCUCACAUUAGUAGGCAGUCUUUAGAAGACAUUAAAUGAGAAAGGAAAAUAAUCUACGACAUCUGAGACUAGAAUGGUUCUGUCAUAUAUUCAAAUGACGAGUGGUCAUACUUCAUAUAAUCUAGACAUCUUCUAUAAAGUCCAUCCCAUCAUAGAAACUGAGUUGGCUAAACUAUUGUGACCUGUCUAGUUGAUAGAUAUAAUUAUGAACAAAUUUGUCUUAGCAACACUACAUACUUUAGAUAUCUCACUUCAUACAGUACCUCUUUAAAAUAAACGUUAAAUAUUA